AUGCGGAGCUUGAGGAAGCUGAACCUGGCCAACAACCAGCUCGACGAGUUCCCGGAGGUCGUCCUGUCCUUCAAGAAUCUGGAGGAGCUCUUCUUGCAGAACAACCGCCUCACCAGCAUCCCUUCUGGAAUUCGGCGGCUACGGAAGAUGCGCCGCCUGAACCUCGUGGGCAACAGGCUCACGGCUUUGCCCGAAGAGUUGGGCCACCUGGCGGGCCUGAAGGCCUUGAUGGUGGAUGGCAACCGCUUGGAGGACAUUCCCAGCACGCUGAAGCCCUUGUGGCUGGCAGGAGGGCUGCACGCAGAUGGAAACCCCAUGGACCAGAGGCGGCCGCUGGCAACCGGAGAGCUGUAG